UUUACUUCCGGCAGCAAGGGAUCUGCUCAUGGCUGCCCUCCUCCGAGCUGCGCCAAGGUUGCGGGGGCCAGCUGCUUGGGGAAGGCCUCUCCAUGAGCUAUGGUUUUGCAGUGGGAAGGAGGAUCCCAAGAGGUGGGUGGGGAACAGGUCACCCACCUUGAAGGAGAAACCACCAAGUGAAGAGAAUGAGAAAUUCCAGAUGGUCUACCGCUUCAAUGCCAUCAGAGCCUUUGGGUAUGUGUCUCGGCUGAAGGUGGCACAGACGGCUCUGACAGUGGUGGCCCUGCCACCAGGCUUCUACUGGUACUCCCAGGGCCUCAUGACUUUCAACUCACUGUGCCUCCUAAGUGGGAUAGCUGGCUUUGCCCUGGUCAUGCUGUGCUGGAUGAGCUAUUUCUUCCGGAGGCUGGUGGGCAUCCUGUAUGUGAAUGAGUCAGGUACCGUACUUCGGGUGGCCCACCUCACCUUCUGGGGCUGGCGGCAGGACACAUACUGUCCUGUGGCCGAUGUGAUGCCCCUGACAGAGACCAAGGACCGGCCCCAAGAUCUGUUCGUACGGAUCCAGCAGUACAGUGGAAAGCAGACCUUCUAUCUCACCCUGCGCCAUGGACGUGUUGUGGACAGAGAGCGUUUUACGCAGGUGUUCGGGACACUGGACAGACUCAAGUGAACAGCUUGGAGCUGAUCUGGGUGGCCCGUGGCCACCUGGAUCUCUGACAAGAAAGCUGAGGGUGUGGGAGCAGCUGAAGCAGGGAUCUCCAGGACUCUGGGAACUUGUUUUUUUGGAUGAAGAAAUUUAUGAAGUGGAAGUAGUAACCAGGUUUACGAAAAAGGCCUUCAGAGCAGAAUCUUCCUAUACCUGUAGACAUUCAUUCAGAUAAUGGCUAGAAUUUCUGUUAGGAGGCAGCUGUUGGAGAAAGCUGGGCGGGGUCACUUAGCCUCAGCUAUGAAACUGGAAGACCAAGAGGCAUGGCAAGGGGCACAGGAUCUGGAGUUAAAAGGCUUGGGUGCUACCAGUUCUCAGCUCUCAGCCUGGGCAGAGUAGUGUGUCUAAGUUCACAUCUGUAAAAUGGAUGGGACUCUUUGUCUCAUGGUAAAUGUGAGAAUAACUAAAUGCGGGCUGGGGUCAAGCUCAGAGGUAGAGCAUUUGUUCAGCAUGUGUGAAGCCCUGGCUU